AUGAUUUCCCCUAUCUUUUUCGUAUUGUCUCUCAUCCUCUCUUCUUCCUAUGCCUCACACGUGCAAGACUUCUGUGUUGCAGACUACACAGCUCCUCAAAGCUUUGCAGGGUACGCCUGUAAAGACCCUGCAAAGGUCACUGUAGACGAUUUCGUCUUCUCCGGCCUAAAAGCUCCCAACACCACGAACAUUAACAAAUCUGGAUUCUCGGCUGCCGUUGCCCCUGUAUUUCCUGCUCUCAACGGCCUCGGUGUUUCAGUGGCUCUAGCAACCCUGGAUGUUGAUGGAGUUAGUCCGCUUCACAGCCACCGGGGGGCUACAGAAGUAAUAGUUAUCGCCGAAGGUAGUAAUAUAGUUGCUGGGUUCAUUGCGUCGAACAACAAAGUUUACAUGAAGACUUUGAACAAGGGUGAUGCUAUUGUCUUUCCGCAAGGUUUAUAUCACUUCUUUUGGAAUCAGGGUAAAACUCCGGCCACUAUAUUUGUCAGCUUCAGUAGCGAGAACCCUGGCGUUCAGGUUCUGGAGAAUGCACUGUUUGGAAGCGAUUUCCCUACUGAUAUCAUAGCCAAGACUACUUUGCUUGACGUUGUGCAGAUAAAGAAACUUAAGGGUGUCUUUCUUGGUACUAAUUAG